CCUCCCCUCUCCUCCAUUUUGACCCGGAGAAAAAUACUAAGAAGGGCGGGACCUACGGCUCCCGCUUCAAGUUUUCAACUAGGUCCGCCAUCCUAUUAUAAGUACGUUGCCCUGGCUUCUUUAGAAGCAUUGUGUAGUUUGUUCUACAUCUGCUCUUUCGUCAUGUCUGGUCGCGGCAAAGGAGGCAAGGGCCUUGGCAAAGGCGGUGCCAAGCGUCACCGCAAAGUGCUUCGCGACAAUAUCCAGGGUAUCACUAAGCCUGCCAUCCGCCGCCUGGCCCGGCGCGGCGGCGUCAAGCGCAUUUCCGGCCUCAUCUACGAGGAGACGCGCGGCGUCUUGAAGGUUUUCUUGGAGAACGUGAUUCGCGAUGCUGUCACCUACACGGAACACGCCAAGCGCAAGACGGUCACGGCCAUGGAUGUUGUCUACGCGCUCAAACGUCAGGGACGCACGUUGUAUGGCUUUGGAGGCUAAAGUUCCCUAAGCGCUUGCUGUCCUUUGUCGUUUGAAAUCAAAAGGUCCUUUUCAGGACCAACUACUGAUUUCACUAUAAAGAGUACGCUUUUCUUUUUCUUAAAAUGAGUUGCGUUUUGCUAAAUUUCUUGGAUAAUUGCGUUGGGCGUUUCUGGAGUGUGGGUAAUGAGGCAGGGUACUGGAAGGCUUAUUUUAAAUCAAGGUUUUCAAAGGUGUCCUGAGUUAUGGGUUGCUGGGUAUUGGCUUUUCACUUUCAACUGCACUCUAUGGUCAACUAAAUUUGUUUUGGGGGUCAAUAAGAGCCUUGGUAAUGUAGCUAAUGUCGGUUUUGAGCUAUUGGGUGAAUUUGCUAUACAUAAUGGGCUAUGAGUUGGAAUGGGGGUUGGAAGCCUCGUAAUUCAAAGCUCACCAAUUUGUUUACAAGUAGUAUACUUAUAUCCUUAAAUCUAUUUUAUUUGUCUAGGAAUGUCAGCUCUUCAUGAUAAUGUAAAAGAUGUUAGUCUAAAUUUCUAGGAAUAGUGUGGUGUCAGCACAUUUAAAAAAUCUACCAUAAAAGGCAUGGCAGGACAGCUAAUUGGAGCCAGA